AUGCCACGCACAUAUAUAAAAAAAGAUGUGCGAUACAAUUACAGUUCAGAUGAUUUUAAAUUGGCACUUGAAAUGGUGGCAUCUGGUACUUCAAUACGUGAAGCAGCAAGCAGAAAACAUGUUCCAUACACAACACUUAAUUCACACUAUAAUAAUCUUGUUAAAUAUGAUACUAUCGGUCGUCCAACAAAAUUCAACAAGGACGAGGAGGACUGCCUUGAACAAGCUACACUCGUUCUUCAGAAAUGGGGGAUACCUGUAACAAUUGAAGAAUUUAUUAACCUUGCCAAAGAAUAUGCCACAUUUCUGAAUAAGAGCAACUUGUUUCCGAAUGGAAGACCAACUUCGGAUUGGUUAUAUUCGUUUCUUAAUCGUCAUCAUAAUUUAAUUAUGAAAAAAUCGUAUCCAUUGGAAAAAAAGCGAGCUGCUUUAACGAUUAGUCAAAUCGAUGAUUGGUUUGAAUUAUUGAAUAAUAUAAUUCAAGAAAACAAUUUACAAGAUCGUCCAGCACAGAUUUUCAAUUCAGACGAGUCUGGAAUGUCGGACAAUAUUGGCUAUUCUAAAGUAAUAGUCCAUCGUCAAACGUCCAAUGCCUAUCGUAUUCAAGGUGGUAGUGGUAAAUCUUAUGUCAGCGUUAUGUUUUGUGCGUCGGCCACCGGAUUUCUUCUGCCUCCUUUUGUUAUAUACAAGGCAAAGAGGUUAUUUACAGAUUGGUGUAUUGGAGGUCCACCUAAUACGGUGUUUGAAACUUCGAAGAAUGGUUGGAUGGAAACGACAUUAUUCCGUAAAUGGUUUGAACAUUGGUUUUUGGAACAAACGAAACAUUUGCCUCGACCACUACUUUUAAUAAUAGAUGGUCAUGGAAGUCAUUUCGAUGUUGAAACACUGAAAUUAGCUGUUGAACAUCAAGUGUAA